AAAUAAAUGAUUUUCCUGAAGUGUUUAUUGUCUGGAAGUAAAUAAAGUAUGGGUGUGAGAGGUUUUACAACAUAUAUGUCCAAACAUUCGCACCUUUUCCAUGAAUCAUUGGAGUUGAAAAAUUGUUACAUUGUUAUUGAUGGAAGUGGUGUGGCAAUAAAUUUGUAUGUCUGGCAUACAAGGUCCAACGAUUAUUAUGGAGGCGAUUAUGAUAAUUAUUCUAACACCGUAUACAAAUUCUUCAACUUACUGAAAAAAUGUAACAUUACUCCCAUAAUACUUUUUGAUGGGGGCUAUGAGAACCGUAAAUUGAGAACUGUCUUCAGUCGUAUGAGGAGCCGAAUAUGUUCAAUCAAAAAAAUGAAUAGUUCAUCAGGAAAAAAUAUAACAAUUUAUCCUUUGUUCACCAAGGAAAUAUUCCAAGAUAUAGCGUUAUCACUAGGUAUCAAAUGUAUAAGAAAUGACCAUGAAAGUGAUAGUGAAGUUGCCUGCUUAGGAAGGUACCUAGACUGCCCUAUUUUAGGAUAUGACUCAGAUUUUUAUUUUUUUGACACAGUCUACAUACCAUUCGAUAAAUUCGAGAUGAGAACAGUUGGCCAGUAUAUUAAGGAAACUAAAAGUUUUGAGCAUCACAUACCUUGUGAAAUGUAUAGGAUUGAUAACUUUCUAAAUCAUUUUGGUGGCUUAGACAAGACAAAUUUACCUUUACUUCCAGUACUCCUAGGAAAUGAUUAUGUGAAGAAAAAUAUCUUUUCAGCCUUCUACAAACAUGUUAAGUUGAAAAAAUCAAAAUCUGAAAAUGAUCAACAAAGACUGAUAAAAACAGUUAUCUAUUGGCUUCAACAUGAAACCUUCGAGUCUGCUGUUGCAAAAAUUUUAGGACGCUUUAAGGCAAAAAGAAGGAGAUUCAUAUCAUUCAAACUCAAAAGUGCUAUGAAGGGAUAUCUACAAGUAAGUAGUACAAUAAUUGAAUGCCUAGAAGACAUAGGUGUUACUACAUGCAAAGAAGAGAAUGAUAUUAAUAUUCUCAACAUUGAACCAACAUUUGAAGAUGGGGAAGAAGAAUCUAAUUCUGAUGCCAGUGAUUGUGAUAACUUGGAAGAUAGUUCAGAGUUGAGUGAAAUGGAAAUAUCUGAAUUGGAUGAAAACAACGACUGUGACCUAGGAAUAGAUUUUGAUUCUGAAAGUCCUGAAACUGUAUCAAGUGAUGAUUCCUGUUUUAUAGAAAAAUAUAGACAAUGUCUGCUACCCCAAUGCUUUGCAGAUAUUAAAUGGAAAAACAUGUAUUUUUGUCUUCCACUAAUUGAAAACUAUGUUGAUCCUAACAGUCAUAAGAUAAGUUUGCGUAUUUUAGUUAGUAUCCAUAAAAUCUUGAAUCCACUGAAGGACAAACCUUUGAUUUGUAUUUGGAGAUGUGAAGAUACAAGUAUAAAAAGAGAAAAACAAGAAGUUUGCAAAGAUGAUCUACCAAACUUGUCAGAUAUACAAAAAUUAGAUAAAUAUCUACGGAAGCUUUACUUUUUUGAAAUUCUCAAUAUCGAUGAGACAUACCAAAAAUUCUUGGACAUGUUCCCUUCUGAUUGGCAUUUAUUCUUAAUAUCUCUCUACUACUGGAAAGAGAAAUCAGAAAAAGUGAUAGACACAUCUUAUAUUUAUUCUAUGAUUAUAUGUGCAAUAGUUCGUAAUUUUGUUGAUUCAAAAAUUGGAUUCUGCAGGUCUCCAAAAGCAUUCGCCAGAAAGUAUAAAGUUAAGAAUGUAAAUGCCUUGAAAUCCACUAACGUUGUACCUCCAGAAUCAAUUAUAGAAUCCUUGGAAAAUAUUGAAUAUGAUGAGAGUGUAUUGUGUUUACGAGCAUUGUUAAAUUAUUUUUGUUUACAGCCUAAGAAACCUAUCGAUAAAAGGUUGAAUGAAGCCUCAGUUGUUGGUUAUUAUUCAGAAUUUCAAAGUUGUGCCCUACAUAUAAAAUAUUUAAAUGCAUUACUCUGUUUUCCUUUUGAAAAUAUGGCAAUUUGGAAUUUUUUCAGUGGUACAUUCUUAUAUAAUAGUGUGGUAGAUUUUAGAAGAAGGUCUAACCUGAAGUCUUAUAUAGAAAUUCUAUUCAAAGAUUGCACAACUGUUAUUUUCAGUUUACAACUAAUAAUGAAGUACAUAGAACAAUAUUUUGGUGAGAUAAGUGAAAGUGAUGCCAAGAAACGAAGAAAGAAAAAAAAAGCUAAGCAAGGGAGAGAUGAUUAAAAACUAAGUGCUCUGAAAAACUAGGAAUUCAUUCAUAUGAUAUAUUUUUAUUACACAGUUUUACUAGCCCGUAAUUGAUUUCCAGAAUAAAAUUUAUUUUAUUCAAAUCAUAACUUCACUUGAAAACGUGCUAUGAGCUCAAUAAAUUUAACUUUCCACAAAUUA